AUGUCACGUUUAGGCGUCAAUGUUCGUCCGCCCGACGCGAAUCCCUACGAGUGUCGAUUCUACAACGCCGAGUUCUCGAUUCUCUCGUCGAUGAUCUCGUUCGUCAUCCCAUGCGUUCUAGUGUUGUUCGUUUACAUUCGCAUCAUAAUUGCAUUGAAGAAGCGCGAGAAGGCGGCGAAGUUGCGACGAGAGAAGAACGCCGCCGCUCAAGGAUUAGGAUCGAACGCCGGUGCCGAUCCCGAUGUGGUCGAUGAGGAAGCCGCUGGCCGAAUCGUCGCCGGACCAGUGGUGAACGUGAUGAUGGCGGCGUUGCCAUCGAUGACACGCCGCAUUCGCCAAUUCGAGCGCCAUCGUCGCGCCAUCGAGCUCGCAGGUGACGAUGAAUGGGACGAGGAGGAGUACGAUGACGAUGAUGAUGAUGACGACGACGUCGUCGUCGUCGCGAAUCGCGAGUAUCACGCCGACGAGGGUUGCAGCGCUGUCGCCGCGUCGGCACCGCGAACCACCUCGAUGAUACGUCGCAUCAUCAGCGCGACGUCGGUGUCGACGUCGCCGACGCCGACGCCGACGCAUCAUCGCCAUCGUGCUCCGUGUCGCGACAGCCGCCCAACAGCUCCUCCUCCUACUACUACUACUACUCUUCCUCCUUCUCAUUCCACUUCUUCUGCUCGCCUCCUGAGUAUGUCAUAUAUUGAGCAUGAGUUUGGGAAUAGCUCGAGUGUUGAGUCGUUGUCGGAGAACGUGCACGUCAUCACCAACGACUUCAUCUCGGAGAACUGCACGACAUUGUCGAGACGAUCGUCGUAUGCCGACGAAUCGCAGCCGAGCUCGUCGCAGGCGUCGUCGAACGACGUCGUCAAAAACUCGCGCAUGUUUCAGAAUCUCUCGCGAAACUACUCCACCAUGCAUCGUCGCGAAUCGCGUCGUCGCCGCUCGACAUCACACGCUGAUGAGGCGCAGAUUCCGUCGAUCAUUCGAUCGAUCUCGCGCAAGAGUCCCAAGUUGUUCCGCAAAGACAAAUCGCCGGUGGUUCUCGAGAAUCCGAACGCGCGCGAGCCGCUGAAGGCGACGAGCUCGCAGACCGAAACCGAAACGAUAUCGGCGUCGCGCGACGCCCAACCUCAUAAUAUGAGUCGAAGCACGACGGUGAACAGCGCCGAACUUCUAGGAUCGCCGGAGGGUCCGAUGAUCGACGAGACGCGUAAAGACGGCCAGCCGACGGUGAGCUUCGCGUUGACGGUUCGCGAGAUGAACAGCGACGGGCAGAACAAUGUGAAGGCGUGUCGGAAGGAGUCAGCCGCCGACAAUCCGCCGCUGGCCGUCAAGAUUCUCACACGACCGAGCCUUCCGACGUUGGAGCUCGCGCGCACCGAAUCGAAUGGCACGAUGUCGUCGAGUAAGACGCGCGCCGAUCCGCUCAAGUCGAUGGACUCGCGCGGAUCGAAGAAGAGCCGAAACGGGAUCGCGGUGAAGUUGGUGAAGAAGGCGAUCAAGCACGAGCACAGUCUGAAGCGGAAGGUGUCGAAAGCGCAGAGGAAGGAGAAGCGCGCGACGAAGACGCUUGGCGUCGUCGUUGUCGUCUUUCUCGUCUGCUGGGUGCCAUUCUUCGCCAUCAAUAUUCUGAAUGCCGUGUGCAUUCUGCUCAACAAAGAGUUCUGUCAGGUCGGCUAUGAUCUAUUCUUCUACAGUACCUGGAUCGGCUAUAUGAAUUCGUUCAUGAAUCCGAUCAUCUAUACGAUUUUCAACACCGAAUUCCGACGCGCGUUCAAAUCGAUCAUUUUUGGAAGAAGCGCGACGAGAAGCCAUCAGAAGCAGGCGAAUGUUUAA